UACUUAUCAUCUCAUCAAAAAUCAUCUUGAAGACUUGAAUACAAUAAAACAUAAACAAAUAAAUAAAGAAAGAAAAUCUUAAACAUCAUCAAUAAUUUAUCAAGAUAAAAUGGCUUCUUCUUCCUUUACAUCACCGCCAUUUCUUUCCACCCCACUCUCACGAACACACCAACUAUCACCAUGUUCAAAAACACCACCACCUCAACCACCAACUACUCCGCCUUCUCAAACACCUCAACUAAGCUCAAGUUCCUUAGAGAAGCCAAUUACACCCAAAGUAUUAGAAACUAAUAAUAAUACCAGUAUUAAGAAUGAUAAUGUUAAGGGUUCAACCACUGCAGAUUCAACUGAUUGGAUAGCUUCUUCCUUGACCCGUCGUUUCGGCCUCGGCGCAGGUCUUGCUUGGGUUGGUUUUCUUGCUGUUGGGGUUAUUUCUGAGCAAGUUAAGACUCGUUUUGAAGUUUCUCAGGAGCAAGCUAACACUAGGGAUUUGGAGAAGGAAGAAGAGGUUAUAUUACCAAAUGGCAUAAGGUACUAUAACAUGAGAAUUGGUGGUGGUGCUACUCCAAGAACAGGGGACUUGGUAGUAAUAGACUUAAAAGGUAGCGUCAAAGAUAGUGGUGAAGUGUUUGUUGAUACAUUUGGUAAGAAUAACAGAUCACUUGCUCUUGUAAUGGGGUCAAGGCCAUACACUAGAGGAAUGUGUGAAGGGAUAGAGUAUGUGUUAAAGACAAUGAAGGGCGGAGGUAAAAGAAGAGUCAUUGUCCCUCCUAAACUGGGUUAUUGUGACAAUGGUGCUGAUUUUGGUUCCGAUGUCUCUAUUCCUCCCUGUGCUGCCCUUGAGUAUAUUGUUGAGGUUGAUCGAGUUUCUAUUGCACCUGCUUGAUGUAAUUCUUAUAGUGUAGCAAUUUUAUCCAAAAAAAAAAAAAUUAAAAAUGCCUUCCGAAAAAAACUUUCUGUUUGCUAUCAAUUGUACAUUUGAAUAUUUAUACUACUUUUUUAAAAAAAUACAAGAAUCAUUUAAGAUUAAGCAUACAAUAUUUAGGAUGACAGGGUUAUCUUAUUUGUAAUGUUUUAUUUUUAGCUGCGUUAGUUGCUUCGAUCUCUAGCCCAGGUGAAUGUUGUUGGAUACGGUCUGUUUGAGGGAAAGAGUGACCCUGUCACUCCUAACUUUGAAUCUAAGGUCAAGUUCCAAUGCUUUGCAGUAAUGUUAUGGAGGAAUAUCUUUUGUUGUUAAUACCCAAGUUUUGUUGCUUGUUAUGUAAGGAGAUGAUUUAAUUUCCCAGGGGUAAAGAUUAUGGAAUAUUUUGAGAGA